AUGGCCGGCUCCAAGAUUACCUGUUACGUCGACAUCGUCAGCCCCUUCGCAUAUAUUGCGUUUCAUGUGCUGCAGAAUUCACCCGCCUUUGCGAAAUGCGAAGUCACAUAUGUGCCGAUGCUACUCGGAGGUUUGAUGAAUGCAUGUGGCAAUAGCCCUCCAAUCAAUAUUACAAAUAAGAAAGACUACUUGGGUCGCCAGCGACUGCGAUGGGCGAAAUACUUCUCAGUCCCGAUUAUUGAGGGAUUCCCUAAAGGCUUCCCCUUCCGCACACUAUCUGUGCAACGUGUGCUAUGCGCAAUCUCCCAGAAAGCACCAGAAAAUCUCGCUCCGGUCAUUGGGGCGCUAUUCCAUGCGAUCUGGGUUGAAGGCAGCACAACCAUCGCGGAACCCGAAGGCUUUACUCCCGUGAUCGAGAGUGUACUUGGCAAGCAAGAGGCGCAUGAGAUGAUUUCUGCUAUGAACAAUCCAGACGUCAAGGCCCUUCUAAUCGCAAAUACCGACCGGUCCUUUGCUUCGGGAGCGUUCGGGUUGCCGUGGCUCGAGUGCACGAAUUCUAAGGGUGAGACUGAGGGUUUCUUCGGCGUCGAUCAUUUGGGCCAAGUGGCUGAUUUCCUGGGUUUGGAUCGCGCUCUCGACAAAGGAUUCAGGGCCGCUCUUUAG